AUGGCAAACCAGGGAUAUGAUGUGGUAGUUGACGUAGACGCAGAGGGCGAUGACCUCGGACACACCGACCUCCAAGAGGACCUUGAAUUUCACCCAUCGAACUUUGAGAACGAUCAAAGAAAUGCCAAAGCUCAUACAGACAAUGCUCCCUUCCUAGGCGGCAACGGAGCAGGCUCCUCCUCGCGCCGCAACAGGUCCCCAGGCGGCACGCCCACCAAGCAUGCCUGGUGGUCCAUCCACUACUACGAGCAAUACUUUGACGUCGAUACCAACGAAGUUCUCCGCCGCUGCGUCGCCUCCGUCUACCCCCGCAGCAACUUUCUCGACGUCCUCGAAGGCAACGCAGACCUUUACGGCCCCUUCUGGAUCGCGACCACCGUCGUCGUCAUCCUCUUCCUCACAGGCACAAUCUCGCAAUGGCUCUCCAACAACGACAAGAACCACUUCAAGUACGACUUCACUUUGCUCUCUGGCGCUGCCGGUCUCGUCUACGGGUAUACAUUCGUUCUCCCCGUUGCGCUCUGGGGUUCACUACGAUGGUUUGGAAGCUCGACGGCUGAUUUGAUUGAAUGCUGGGCGCUGUACGGAUACUCGAAUCUGAUCUGGAUUGCGGUCGCGCUUGUCAGUUGGAGUCCGUUGACGGCGUUAAACUGGGCGCUUGUGGGUGUUGGCUUUGGGUGGACUGUCUUCUUCCUCUUGAGGAAUCUGUAUCCCGUGCUCAGUGCGACGGAUGCAAAGGCUAGUCGGAUCCUGCUGGUGCUUGUUAUUCUCUUGCAUGCUGGGUUCGCGAUUGCGAUUAAGAUCCUGUUCUUUGCGCAUGGAAGCCCUGUCUCGAAGAAAGACGACAGGCAUGAUGAUGAUCACGAUGAUGAUCAUGACAAGGAUGACGACAAGCGCAUGUUUCGUUUCUAA